AUGGAGCAGAAAGGUCGCAAGAAAGACAAAACGGAGACAGCGUUUGACCGAUUGGAUGCCAUCAUCCAGGCCAGCCGAGUGAUGCCAACCAUUAUCCUCUUCGACGCAGUCUGGCAUUUGACUUUCGCUUGGCUAGAGCAAGUGAGCAAAGAUGCCUGCGCGUAUUUAAAAUCCACUUAUUUCGACCAGAUGAAGAGGGCCAGCUUGCAAGGGCAGUUCUGGUGCGGAGAACCCGUGUGGAAUUCCAACUCUUGCUGGUUUGCAGGGUUUUGGGCCGGUGUGACCGGAACAUACCCUGGCAGUGGGUCAGGCACACAGCCCCUGGAGUCCUUCCACGCGUACUGGCAAGACGCAGUCCGCAGCAGCGUUCGCUCUGACCCUCGGGCAAUUUUCGCCCGCAUGGAGAAACUGUUUCACGACGACUGGGCGAAGAAGUUCGAGUGGGAGGAGUCCCGUGUCUUCCAGACCUGGCCUCAGUACCCGGCGCAAGAACUUCUAAAUGGACAAGCGCUGCGCACCGCCGGGCGUUCUCCGGCCGUUGAUUUCUACACGGAGCGAGGGCGCAAGCUCUGCGGCCAGUGCAACCACUACAAGAUGUAUUGGCGCACAGACGCAACGACCACAGACGCGUCCGGCAAGGACGGCACAACCGUCUUCUAUGUCAUGCGCUGUUCAAAAGUUGGGGACGUGCUUCCAGCGCAAGCCACGAUCACAAAGGAGACAGCGGAGAGAGUGGUUGGCCUGAUCGCCAAGGAUGGCGCGGCCCUCAAAAACCAGCUCUUGCAGGCAGGCAUCCUGAAGUCCGAGAAUGGACAGGAGUCUUUGGAGCUUCCAGCGCUGCAGUUCUACCUGAACAAGCACUGUUGUGUGAUGAAAGGGCAUCUGCCAGAUUCCUGCUGGCCACGCCUCAGGCGCAGGUUGCAGACAGCCUUUCCAUCAGUAGUGUGCACGUGUCUAGAGUUCCUGCUGCAUGGCGAUUGUGAACACGUCGCGUUCAUCAAGGCCCUCGAAGGUGAGGGCAACGUAGACCUGCGCAACAUUCCAGUUGUUCGGACAGCCGGACGAAAGCGCAAGGCAGAUAACGCAGACAUUGCUCCAGAAGCAAAGAGUUCUAAGCAGAAGAGGAGGUCUCACAAGUGA